GUGGGCGUGCCUGCGCAGCCGCAGUGUCACCUUCAGUGUUCACGUGUGGAGAUGGCGGCCGAUCCUCUUCCUCCGGCCGCAAAGCCUCAGCCGGGAACUCUCAACCUCAAUAACGAGGUUGUGAAGCUGAGAAAGGAAGUGAAGCGAGUCCGAGUUUUGGUUAUCCGAAAACUUGUCAGGAGUGUUGGCAGACUGAAGUCCAAAAAGGGCACUGAGGAUGCACUGCUGAAAAAUCAGAGACGAGCCCAGCGGUUGCUGGAGGAGAUUCACGCCAUGAAGGAAUUGAAACCUGAUGUCAUAACUAAAUCCGCUCUUGGUGAUGAUAUCAACUUUGAAAAAACUUGCAAAAAGCCAGAUUCUACUGCAACUGAAAGAGCAAUUGCCAGAUUAGCAGUUCACCCUCUUCUAAAGAAAAAAACAGAUGUGCUAAAAGCUGCUGUGCAAGCCUUCAAAGAUUCAAGGCAGAAUGCUCCUGAAGCUCAGUCAUCAAAGAAUACUUCAGAAGAAAGCCAGUGUAAAGACACUCAGUGUUCAAAGGAUGGUGCAGGCGAGUCACAGCAUCAUGAGAGAACUGUUUUCAGGGAGCAGAGAGGGAAAGAAGCUAAAACAGUGACAAAGAAAGCAGUAAGUGAUUCAAAAGAAAAAACAGCCACAAUAGAGCAUGGACCCAAAACAGUGGCCACUCCAUGUUCUCCAGGGAUGCCUUCAGGAAAGGAUGUCGUGGCUACUUCUGCACACCAGAAGGCGUCAUCCACUGACUCAAAACAGCAAGCCUCAACCAAAACCGCAAAGAAAGAGAGUGAAGACACCCUUGGUGCGAGCAGUGGCAGCGAGGAAGAGGUGAGUGAGAGUGAGAAGGAGUACUUCGACGACAGCACUGAAGAGAGGUUCUACAAACAGUCUUCUGCAUCCGAGGACAGCGACAGUGGUGAUGACUUCUUCAUUGGAAAAGUCCGGCGGACACGAAAGAAGGAAAAUAGUGCACGGUCCUCAGCUAAGGAACAGAAGCCCCUCCCUAAGGUCUCGCCCAAAGCUAAUACCCUUGAAACCCAUUGGGAUACACGAAAUGAUAAACAUAAGCUGAUCCCAGAAGCCCGAAAGUUAGAAUCUGUGUUUUUCCACUCUUUAUCUGGACCUAAAAGCUCCAGAAGGGAUCCCAGAGAACAGGCCCCAAAGAAUAAAGCUCCAGAUUUUCCAGAAGAUGAACUUCCAGUCAAGAAUGAGUUUGCAAAGAGUGCACGCAGAGGUUUUGAGCGUGUGAGGCAGCAGGUGCAGGCUCCUCUGCACCCUUCUUGGGAAGCGAGCAGGAGGCGGAAAGAGCAGCAGUCCAGAAUCGCCGUGUUUCAGGGGAAAAAAAUCACAUUUGAUGAUUGAUUGAUUGAUUGCUACCUUUUCUGUCAAAAUUUUUUAUUUUGUCUAUUUAAAUAAGUCCCUUUGAAAGUUAAAAAAUAUAUUGUUUUUCUUUCAUUUUAUGUGUGAGUUUGGGGAGUAUUUAUAUAAUCUUUUACAGAUCUCUAAAUUUGUUUUAUAAGAGUGUAUGCCCCAAAUUAUUUCUUAUAUAAUUUAGAAGUUACAGAAUUUUAGGUCCUAUCAUCCAUGAUUAUGAAAUUUAUUUCACUAGUUAAUCUUUACCUCUUGUCUUAAAAAUAAGGCAAAACGGGGCUGAUAAGAUGGUUCACUCCUGCAAAGCUCAUGACCCCUGAAGUUCUCAUAGUGUAAGGACAAGAGCCAACUCACAAAAGUUGUUCUCUGCACGUGCAUAGUGUGGCACAUGCUUGUGUAUACACUCACACACAAUGAUGUCAUAAAAAUAUUAAGAUAUGUUAAAAAUGUAGUGUUUAAGCAGCUUGCUUAUGUAUAGUAAUCAAAAACUGAGUUCUCUAUACCCCUGCAAUAAGUAUUUCCACUUAAUGAAGAAGAAUAUAUAUCUAGAAAUCCUAAUUUCUUCUGUCCACUUU